AUGAAGCCGUUGUCCGCGAUGAUCCUCUUGGGGGCUGGGAGCUUCCUAGUCCUCGCACUUCCCACCUCCGAUAGGAAAGCCACCCACUCCAUUGAAGAGAACAUUGCGUACCCGGAGGCGUACAGGGAAAAGCGUGCGGAAACACCACAGGGCCGCUCCGUCUCCGUCGAGGCGGAGGUUGCUUACCCGGAGGCAUACGCGGAGAGUAAAUGA